AUUAAAGUAUUUUAAAAAAAAAUUGCACCACAACCUAUGCUACAUGCAUACAAGCACAAUGUUAUUGACACAUCACAACUUUAGCUCACUAUUUCCCUUUCCAAUGUAUCUCAAGUGGCUGUCAAGUCUAAGCAGGGGCGGACUGACCAUUUGGAAACUCGGGCACUGCCCGAGGGCCCGGGGUCAGUAGGGGGCCCCAUGAGAUGCCCCUGGUACCUUUUUCAUAGGCUUUUUUGAGUUUGGGCAAGGACACAGGGGCCCCAUGAUCCCCUAUUGCCUGGGGGACCCAUGAGUUGUCAGUCCG